CGUCCUGCCAUACCGGCGUCCAGUUGUUUCAAAGCUGCUAUGAACAUAGCCGCAGCCUUAGACCCUCAGUCUAACUUUGACGAGCUGCCUAAACCUGGUUCCCAAUAUGAUCGUGAUUUACCUCCUGCUUCGGUUGAACCCAAGGCUCAAAUGUGCAGCCAGCUGGUGACAGCCUGCAAAUCGGGCUUGGCUGUCCCUACCGCAUCCACAGUUCAUACUGGCAACUCCUCAGGCUUAGCAAACAAUCUUCUUCCCCAUUCUGGUGACAACAGUAGUAAAGCCAGUCGAUGUGCAAAAGUUUGGGGUCUUGAUGAUGAAGAUAUCCUUAACGUUGGUGUCUCGCAAAUGCUGCCCUUUCUUUACUUGGGGCUGUUAAUCAAGACACUUAACAAUCAAUUUAAGUUAUUUUCUUGA